GGGACGUCGAGGACGCGUCACAACGACGCCCGGAGCCUGGAGCACGGAGGAGCGGGCCGCCGUCGGCACGCGGCUCCAUUCGCAGAUAUUUGGAAGAAGCCAAAUGGCGGAGGAAAAUCUUCCAGUGAGCAAGUGGCAUACACAAUGAUAACUUGGACGGUUAUCACAUUAUGUUUUAACUUCUGGUUGGCUUGCGUCAAUAGCCAAAUCGACAUCAACGGAGUGCCCGUGCGGACCGUAGUGGGUGUGGUGGACGGCCUUGUGACGGUGCCCUGCCAGGCCAGCACGCCCGACCCGUCCGACAAACUGGAGCUGGUGCUCUGGUAUCGACUGGGCUCCAAGCUGCCGUUCUACACAUACGACGCGCGCGGCCGGCCGCCCGGCAGAGGCCAGCACCUUGCAGAUGACCUGCUGUCGCCGCGGGCCCGCACCCAUUACCAGCUGUCGCCACCGGGCCUGGUACUGAGCGGAUUGCGGCAGCUGGACCAGGGCGGCUACAUCUGCCGCGCCGACUUCAUCCAUUCGCCGUCCAGAGUGGGCGUCACCAACCUCACGCUGAUUGUGCCGCCGGACGUGCCCAAGGUGUACGACAGCGCCGGAACCCGGCUUCUGGACGUGACCCCGCCCGUGGCCGAGGGUCAGCCCCUGACCCUGACCUGCGAGGCCAGCGGAGGUCGGCCGUCUCCGCGUCUGGAGUGGCUCUGGAACGGUCGUGCGCUCGACCGCAGCUUCGUGGCCACUGCCGUCGGCGUGGUGCGCAACGACCUGACCGUGCCCCGGCUGUCGCGCACCGACCUGCACAGCGAGCUGGCGUGCGCCGCCUCCAACAGCAACCUGACGGCACCGCGAUCCACCGCCGUCCGCGUCGAGAUGCUGCUGCCGCCGCUGACGGUCAAGAUCGGCCGCGUGCCUCAACACCUGCGCGUCGGGCUGACCUACGAGAUCACGUGCACGGCGGCCGGGUCGCGGCCGGCGGCCAAGGUCACCUGGCUGGACGGCGCUCAACGUGAGAUGACCAGCGUCAGGCAGCAGCCCUCCCUGGAUCCGAACGUGACGGUCAGCGUGCUGACCCUGGUGGGGGCCGUGAGCGGCGCGCCACUGACGCUCACCUGCCAGGCGGCCAAUGCCCUGCUGCCCCGCCUGGUGCCGCUGCGCAGCACCAAAGAGGUGCCCGUGCACUAUCCGCCGCAGGUCGUCCUGCGCAUCGGCAAGACGCUGGUGCCCAGCGAGAUCAAGGAAGGAAACGACGUGUAUUUCGACUGCCAGGUGCUGGCCAACCCGCCCAUCACCAACCUGGCCUGGUAUCAUCAGGGUCGGCAGCUGACUAACGACAAGAAGGCCGGGAUCAUGAUCAUCGACCGAAGCCUGGUGCUGCCGAACGUGUCGCACAGCCAGGCCGGCCAGUACACCUGUGGUGCCACCAACGUCGAGGGUCACAACCAGAGUCUGCCGGUGGUGCUGCACGUGAUGUACCUGCCGCGCUGCCAGACGGCGCAGCGCGUGGUGUACUUCGUGCCGGGCCGAGCCGUCCAGCUUCGGUGCCAGCUGCUGGCCGAGCCCGGCCCGGUGCGCUUCAAGUGGGACGUGAACAGCUCGGCCAGCGCAUACCAGCGCGAGCCGCUCUCUCGGUUCACCACCGCUGGAGCGGUCAGUACCGUACAGCAUCGGCUAGAUGACGACGAACCGGCAGAGAUCCGCUGCUGGGGCAGCAACGCUGUCGGUCUCCAGCGGCAGCCUUGCCUCUUCCACAUGAUGCCGGCAGGCCUGCCCGAGCCGCCGAGCGAAUGCAGCGUCAGCAACCGCACGGUCACCUCCUUCGUGGUGCGCUGUCGGCCGGGCCGCGACGGCGGACUGCCGCAGACGUUCGUGCUCGAGCUGAGGGACCUCCAAACCCAAAACCUCUUGCGUUCCCUGACCCACGAGCAGCCGAUAUUUCACGUCCGUGGUCUGAACCCCGGCGCCAAUUUUACACUCAAGGUGUAUGCGUCCAGUGCCAAAGGUCACGGAAAGGUCAUGCUGCUGCGUGUCGGAACCGUGGAGCUGAUGCCCGACCGUAUUGGCUCUUGA